AUGGCGAUGCUAAGUGCAAAGAGAGGGAUAGACAUGCACUCCUUAUGUUCAAACAAGGUCUCCAAGAUGAGUUUGGUACGUUGUAUACGUGGAAGGAUGAUCCAAAUUCAGAUUGCUUCAAAUGGAUGGGAGUUGAAUGCAACAACCAAACAGGUACUAUCCUUAUCGAAUAAUAAGAUUUCUGGUAUGUUACCUGACCUUUCAGUCUUCCCGUCUUUGAGAAUUUUGAAUCUUGCUAGCAAUAAUUGGAGAAAUACCCUCGAGUAUCAGAUCGCUGACGAAGUUAGUGAUGAUUGGGUUCCUCCUUUUCAAUUACAAGAGUUAGAUUUGUCAUAUUGUAAUAUGGAUUCUAGAUUUCCUAAUUGGCUUCAAAAACAAAAUAACUUGUCAUUUAUGUACCUUUCAAAUGUCGGUAGUCUACCUCCGACGCCUUCUUGGUUUUGGGGUAAAUUGCAAACACUAGUUUCCAUGACCAUUUCAAACAACAAUCUCACCGGAAGGAUUCCAAAUUUGGAAAUCAAUCUUACCAACUAUCCUGAAAUAGAUUUGAGUUCAAACCAACUUGAAGGUGCAAUUCCUUCUUUUUUAUUGCAAACUGCAGCACUGCAUCUCUCCAAUAGUAAAAUUUCAGAUUUAGCUUCCUUCUAUGCAAAAAAAGUAAGCCUAACAUUUUGGGAAGGUGUAGACCAAUUCUACAAAAAUCCAGAUAUGUUUUUAAAAAGCAUUGAUCUCUCAAGCAACCAUCUUACAGGGAAAAUACCAACUGAAAUAGGGUACUUAUUUGGAUUGAUUUCCUUAAAUUUGUCAAGGAACAAUCUCUGUGGGGAAAUCAUUUCAAACAUAGGAAACUUCAAAUCACUUGAGUUUCUUGACCUCUCAAGAAAUCAUCUUUCAGGCAGAAUUCCAUCCAGUCUUGCUCAUAUUGAUCGUCUCACUUGGUUGGACUUGUCAAACAAUCAGCUCUAUGGAGAAAUUCCAAUUGGAACGCAGUUGCAGACGUUUGACACUUCAAGUUUUGAUGGAAAUUUCAAUCUCUGCGGAGAACCUCUUGAUAGAAAAUGUCACGGUGAAGACCCAGCAGAACAUCCAGUGCUAACAAUAAAAUCAGGAGACGAGAAUUCAAUAUUUUUAGAGGCAUUAUACAUGAGCAUGGGGAUAGGAUUCUUCACUGGUUUCAUUGGCUUGGUAGGCUCAAUAUUGUUACUACCAUCUUAG